CGGCGAGCGAGGAGGGUCUGUUUUGUUUAUAGCUUUCCGGUUUCCCACUGAAAACACUUGGCUCGAGCGCUGCUGCGGAGCAACAAUGUCGGAGCAGGAGUCUCUGAGGUGCUCCAGUGCCAGAAACCGUGGAGGCGUACAGAGGGUUGAAGGAAAACUGCGCGCUAGUGUAGAAAAGGGAGAUUAUUAUGAAGCACAUCAGAUGUACAGGACUUUAUUUUUUAGGUACAUGUCACAGGCAAAACAUGCUGAGGCCAGGGAGCUGAUGUACAAUGGCGCUCUACUCUUCUUCAGCUAUAACCAGCAAAACAGUGCAGCAGACCUGUCCAUGCUGGUACUGGAGGUGUUGGAGAAAUCUGAGACAAAAGUUGAAGAUGAAAUAUUAGAAAGCCUGGCUAAGCUGUUCAGCCGGAUGGACCAAAACUCUCCAGAGAGAGUUGCAUUUGUGUCCAGAGCAUUGAAAUGGUCCACAGGAGGGUCUGGCAAGUUGGGUCACCCAAAACUACACCAGAUGCUAGCUGUCACCUUGUGGAAAGAGCAAAACUACAGUGAGUCUCGUUACCACUUCCUGCAUUCUUCUGACGGUGAAGGCUGUGCUGAGAUGCUGGUGGAGUAUUCAGCGUCACAAGGCUUCCGCAGCGAGGUCGACAUGUUUGUGGCGCAGGCCGUCCUACAGUUCCUCUGCUUAAAGAACAAAAAUGGCGCUUCUGUAGUGUUCAGCACGUACACAGAGAAACACCCGUCCAUAGAGAAGGGCCCUCCCUUCGUCCAGCCUCUACUAAACUUUAUCUGGUUUCUGCUGCUGGCAGUGGAUGGGGGUAAAUUAACAGUUUUCACAGUGUUAUGCGAGCAAUAUCAGCCUUCCCUGAAGAGGGACCCCAUGUAUAAUGAGUAUCUCGACAGAAUAGGACAGCUUUUCUUUGGUGUUCCACCUAAACAGUCCCCAUCAUACGGUGGACUGCUAGGAAACCUGCUGAACAGCCUGAUGGGUUCGGGCGAGGAGGAUGACACAGGCGAAGAAGCCCAGGAGGACAGCAGCCCCAUCGAGUUGGACUGAGCCCGCCCCAGGACGUGGAGAACAAAACGAACACACGCAAAAACAAAACAAAAAAUGCGGAAGACACGCCUCUCUGCUUUAUUUCCACAACAAGGGUUGGGCGAUGGCGCUGGUCCAUGUUUUCAGAGGCGUGCUGUUUCCAAAAAUAAUACCCUUCCCAGUCUUAAAAUCAGAGCAAGUAUCAGGCUGCCAAAACACCCCCCUCAGCAGUGCCGGGACUGACUGCGCCAAACUGCAAACUCUUCCCGUCGAGUUAUUAUUAUUAUUUUAUUUGAAUCAUUACUUUUGUUAGUGUGGGACUCUUGCUCUCGGUUUAGGGUGUAUGAUUUUUAAACGAGAAAUAACAAACUGCCCUCUCCCUGUGACAACUUGCUCCAAAGAGAAGGGAAGGUUGGAGUCUCCCAGUGGAGAGGAUGGCAUCACCAGAAACCCCUCUUCAUAAUAAUGAUGAUGAUGAUGAUGAUGAUGAUGAUGAUGACGACGACAUCAUUAUAAGAGGGUUUAGUCAACUUGCUACAAGUAUUCAACUGUUUUGUUUGCCAGACAGCCACUCGGAGCUACGGUGUUGCUGCAUUUUUCAGCAACUUUCUUGUUAAAAAGUCUCUUCUUUCAGUAGUAAAUUAAAUUGUACUUGUCGUCGACGGCGUCUUUCAGUUUCUCAUCUCUUUGUCCUUUUUUAGCAAUAUGGACAAAAAGACAACAAAGCUCUGCAAGUCAUUAUCAGAGCUCAUAUUGCACCUUGAAUGUCAACCAAACAAACCCACUCUUCUCAGCGUCUCCUCCACAGUUCAUAGUUGUGGCUGUCAUCACUAUUUGAGUGAAUUACUGCAAACAGAGCUGUCUGUAUAAUGACAUAUUAUAGACGUCCCAUUUAUGACUGUGCACUUGCUGAACUGCUACUGUUUGCAUCCCAAAGAGGAGUCCGCGAAGUGAUCUUUGACAAUGCAAACGACCCUCUGUUGGAGUGAAUUUGGCUUGUGUUACAAAAUGCUAAUAUCUAAACCAGUUGGUCACAUGAUCGUUUCUGAUUUAGUCUUAUUCCGUUUUUCUGUUCAAUUGGAUCAGACAUCAGUUCAGCCAGUGCACAAUCAGAAGUGUGACUUCUUAAACGAUAGCUGCUGUUCAUCAGUGUUAACUUUCUCAACCCAGAACACUCUCACUCUGCUUGUUCCUCUUGACCGCUUUCUUGUCUCUCAUAUUUCAAACUUCGGCAUCUUUUUGUCCUCGUAGUGAAACUCAGUCCAGGUCUUGUCAGUUUCACUUUAAGGCUACCUGUGCUCCAGAUGAUCUUAAAGGGGGGGGGGGGUCACAUCCAACCUGUGAAGUCAAAUGUAAACUUAAUACUAGGAUAUGUCAUUGGCGGUCCAAUUUAGAGUAAUCUUUAUUUGCUUCUGUGUGUAACACCAAAGUGGCCAAUACUAAUUACGAAAGAAAUAAUUGAUUGAAUAUGUAGAGUAAAUCAUUUAAAGAAACAAACAUGACUUGGUAUAACUGAAGUGAUGUUUGAGGAAUAUUAUUCUAGGGUUCCUAAUGUUGAGUGAAAAAAUACCAUAAAUAUGAGAUGUUUUGAGAAUGCUACAAAACAAGUUAUUUGGGUCCUUUUGAACUUUGUACUCAUUUAUUCACGUAAUUAUUUCUUUCAUAAACUUUAAUAUGGGCCAUUUUGGCAUAACUGUCUGGCUCAAAGUCGUAGUGCGAGAGUACAGUGUGUUGAGUUGUUAAUGUACUCCAAUGUGAUUACAUCCAGCUCAUGUUUAAGAUACAGAGACCAGUGAUGAGGAGGUCAAAGGUCAUCAAAUACUGAAGAACAAGACAACAUUUAAAGGCUCAGCUUGAACAGGAUUGCGUUUGUCAUGAAAAGUCACGUUUCUACUGACCGUCUCCAUGACAUCACAGGGUCUACCAAAGUUAACUUUCAGGGUGCUCAGCAGUCCGCAUUACCCACGACAUCCGACAAACAAUAAACCAAAACAUGCUCUUCUACUCGCAUCACAAGAGUUAUAUUAUUCAGUGUCUAUUGUCCCUUUUUUUUCUUAACCUUAAAGUCAGUUUUGUUAUAAUUCUCCUUUAAUCAUCUGGCAGUACAACAAAAUGGUGCGUGACCAAAGGCCUGUCUGUCAUUACAGCUGUUUGCUUUUGUUUUUGACCAUAUUUUUUCCUUUUUUAUUUAAGGGAAGUGUUUGCCUUUUUCAUUUAAUCACUAAUUAAAUAAACUACAACUGAGAAGAGUUUGAGAAUGACUUGAAACAAA